AUGGCGGAAGAAAACCUUAAAAGCAAAGAAGAUCUGCUAAAACUAAAAGAUCAGCAAAUUCUCGAUGAAAAGGAUAAGGUGAAGUUUAUGAAUGCAACUAUCAAAAACUUGCAGAGUUACUUGGCAAAUGAUAAAGAUAUAAUUAAUGUUUUAAAUCGAGAAAUCCUUAAGAAAACUGAGCAUGUAAAACACAAAGAUGAACUCUUGACAUUGAAAGAAAAUGAAAUUAGGAAUAAAUGUCGCGAAAUUGAGAACCUGAACGAACAGAUCUUGGCCAAAGAUGGUCGAAUCGUUGGCCUGAAGAAUCAGAUUAAAACAUUUUCAGAGAAAUUAGUUAAAAGAACAAAUCACUUUGAAAAGUGUAAGGGAAUUGGUUCAUUUGAGGCUCCCUGGGACUCUGAUGGAUGGAAUAUAAUUCAAAGACGUCAGGACGGAUCAGUGAGCUUUAAUCGAAGCUGGUUAGAUUAUAAGAAUGGGUUCGGAUACUUAACAGGAGAGUUCUUCAUCGGAUUAGAGAAGCUGCACCAGAUGACUAAGGAUAAGCCCCACGAACUCUACAUUGAGCUUGGCAAUGAUGAUGGAGAAUAUGCUUUCGCUCAUUAUGAUAAUUUCCAAAUCGGAAGCGAAGAGGAAUUUUAUAAGCUAAAAAGGUUGGGCAGAUAUUCGGGGUCAGCCAACAGCGGAGAUGGGCUAAGAAACCAAGAAGAAAGGAACUUCUCCACCUUUGAUCGGGACAAUGGCGCUUGGGGUGGUUACAAUUGCAUGGAAUCAUAUUCUGGCGGUUGGUGGUACAGUGCUUGUGACCGCAGUCUUCCCAAUGGGAAAUACAACUAUGAUGUUGAGUGGCCUUUCUUCGGUCCCUGUGACAUUGUUGAAAUGAGGAUUAAGAGGAUUAACCUAUAA